AGUGCGCUGGGCGACACUCCGCCAUUUGAGGAUGAGUAUCCGAGCGUCCGAGGUGCGAUUCUUUGGUGCCCGGUGUCUUUGUGGGGGCUAACUGGGCUCGAUUCCAUAUAUAGUAUAUUUAGGACGUCGGUUUCCAUUGUUCCAGUCAGUUUAAUUGUUGAGUAGAAAUUCUUGAAAUGGUUCUGAUAAGAGAGGUUUUGAAGAGAGGAGACAUGUACUGUUUCUUGUUUUCUUCUCUUUUUCUGUUGUGUCCCUCUGAGAGACCUGGGAAGACUGUGCGGAGAAAAUGCUGGGACAGAAGAGAUGAGUACUCCCUUUACUAAGGCCUAAAACUGCCUGUUGAAAAACAAUCCUGACCAGGCAAUAUACGAAUGGCCCAAGGAAGCCAGCAAAUUGAUAUUCAGGUUUUACAUGACCUGCGACAGAAGUUUCCUGAGGUACCUGAAGGUGUUGUAUCCAGAUGCAUGUUACAGGGUGCCAACAUUUUAAACUCAAUUGGGACAUGGGCAGAGAUAAGAUGAGGGGGUAUUGUUUUGCUGGAAUAUGCUCAGUUCUGCCAUCAACCGGUUCUCUGAUCUAUACAGAGCUAGAAGCGGUUGAAACUCUACCUCUGCCAGCCAGAAGAUGCCAGGGGUUCCAUGUGCCCCCGUUUCCCCUUUGAGUUCUCCAAUUUUCUCAUUGACGUCACUGAAAUUUUGGAAUUGAUUGGAUGCAGUCUUAAAAAGAAAAAAAAAAUUGUCCAAAGAAAUGCAUUCAAGCUGAAUAAUAACAAUAAUUUGGAUGCCUGUUGUGCAGUUCUCUCUCAGGAGAGCACAAAGUAUCUCUACGGUGAAGGAGACCUAAGUUUUUCGGAUGAUUCUGGGAUUCCUGGACUACGAAAUCACAUGACAUCUCUUAAUUUGGAUUUGCAGUCACAGAAUGUCUAUCCCCACGGAAGAGAAGGAAGUAGAAUGAAUGGAAGUAGGACUCUAGCUCACAGUGUUAGUGAUGGACACCUUCAAACCAGUCAGUCCAACAAUGAACUGUUUCAACAGGAACCACAGACAGCACCUGCGCAGGUUCCACAAGGAUUUAAUGUCUUUGGGAUGGCUAAUACAGUUAGUACUUCUAAUCCAGGGCAGCAUCUUGGAUUUCACCUAGGCAGCAAAGGAGUAUCUAACUUGUCUCAACAAACGCCCAGAUUCAACCCCAUCAUGGUAACUUUAGCCCCAAACAUUCAGCCUGGUCGCAAUACCCCUACAUCUUUGCACAUACAUGGUGUACCUCCUCCUGUACUUAACAGUCCACAGGGAAAUUCUAUCUAUAUUAGGCCUUACAUCACAGCUCCCAGUGGUACCUCUAGACAGACACAGCAACAACCAGGCUGGGCAUCUCAGUUUAAUCCCGCGCACCCUCAGCAAGUCUACCAGCCUUCGCAGCCAAGUCCCUGGACUACUAUUCCUACAUCCAGUACUACGCCACAUACCUCAUCGCAACACUCAACACAGCCAAACCAGCAAGGCCACCAGACUUCUCACGUCUACAUGCCUAUCAGUUCUCCUACUACUCCACAAGCACCUAUGAUUCAUUCAUCUGGUAGCUCUCAAUCUUCUGCUCACAGCCAAUACAACAUUCAGAAUAUAUCCACAGGACCUCGCAAAAACCAAAUUGAAAUCAAACUUGAACCACCACAAAGAAAUAGUACUUCUAAGUUGCGUUCAACUGGCCCUCGCACCUCCACUGCUCCCUCUUCCCUCAACAGCCAGACAUUAAGUAGAAGUCAACCCACUGUUUACAUAUCGGCCAGUCCUCCAAAUACUGAUGAAGUGAUCACACGUGGUCAGCCCAAGGUCUACAUUUCAGCAAAUGCUACAACAGGAGAUGAUCAACUUGUGCGGAACCAGCCCACGCUUUUCAUAUCAACAAAUCCUGGAGUAUCUACUACUGCUAGGAAUAUGUCUGGUCAAGUAAGCAUGGGUCCUGCAUUUAUUCAUCACCAUCCACCCAAGAGUCGAGCAGUGGGCAACAGCACCACUGCAACCUCUCCUCGAGUGGUGGUUACACAGCCUAACACAAAAUAUACUUUUAAAAUUACAGUUUCUCCAAAUAAGCCCCCUGCAGUUUCCCCAGGGGUAGUAUCCCCAACUUUUGAACCUACAAACCUUCUAAACCUUCCUGAUCACUAUGUUGAACCAGAGGGUAUCCAGCAUCUUACUGACCCUGUUUUAGCACAUGUGGAUAGGAUCAGUGAUGCACGGAAAUUGAGUAUGGGAUCUGAUGAUGCUGCCUACACGCAAGCUUUACUGGUACACCAGAAGGCCAGGAUGGAGCGACUUCAACGAGAACUUGAGGUUCAAAAGAAAAAGUUGGAUAAACUAAAAGCAGAGGUCAAUGAAAUGGAGAAUAAUCUAACACGAAGGCGCCUGAAAAGAUCGAAUUCUGUUUCCCAAAUUCCAUCACUGGAAGAAAUGCAACAGUUGAGAAGUUGUAACAGACAGCUGCAGAUAGACAUAGAUUGCCUAACCAAAGAGAUUGAUCUUUUUCAAGCAAGAGGACCACAUUUUAAUCCCAGCGCUAUUCAUAAUUUUUACGAUAAUAUUGGAUUUCUUGGUCCCGUGCCACCAAAACCCAAAGAUCAGAGGUCCAUUGUGAAAACACCAAAGACUGUUCCAGACACAGAUGAAGAUGAGGGAGCUCAGUGGAGCUGUACCGCCUGUACUUUUUUAAAUCAUCCGGCCUUAAAUCGCUGUGAACAGUGUGAAAUGCCCAGGCAUUUCUGAGCCAACAGGCCCAUUACCUUCUGUAAAACCACAGCAAACAUACAAGGAAUUAUCCAGUCACUGGGGGGCAAAAAAAAGCAUUUAUGCGUAGGAUUUUGUAAAAUCGAAGUUGUGAGGAGAUGGUAUUUUGCUAAUGUUCAGUGUCAGCCCACAGAGCAAGCAAUACCUCAGUGUUGUGCUGCAGGCAGUUGAGAUUGACCGGCUGAAGGGUAAUCUGCUGAAAGACUUGCCAGCUGCCUAAACCAUGUACAGUAUUACCAUUGUCCCAAUAACAAACACCAUGUUCAGUGCCUGGGUGUUGCCCAUCCUCUUCUUUGCCCCGAUGUCACUACUGAAUUUUGACAGGGGAAGGGAAUAGAGUGCUAGUGUUUUUGUUUUCAGAGCUCUCAGUGAAACACUACAUGCACAGAGGAGAUCUUAAAAGGAACAAGGUUUAAAUAUUUAAACUGUUUGCUGCCACAUAGUGCCUUUGAAAAAAGGAAGAGCUUCAUGAAUCAGUGGUACUCUUUGCCUUGUCUUCCCUGAAAACAUCUCUGUGAAGCCAGAAAUCAGUACAAUUACGUCUAAAGUUGAAAAGGAAAAACUGCAUGCGUUGUCUGUACAAUACACACAGUGAAAUACCCCAAAGCUUUUCCUACUGUACAUAGCUCUAGGGCCUGCUUUAAGUGAUUUCUUUUCUUCACCUUUAUUAUUUUCUUGUAAUUCUGUAUGUAUAGUUUAAUAGUCUUUUUGUUAACUUUCUUUUUUUCCCUUUAAGUGAUUAAGCACGAUCAUGUCCCUUUUUUUAAGCUUUUAUCUGAGAGAAGCAAUGCCUUAAAAUAAGAGCAUUAAUAAGAAACUAUGCACAAAAUAGCUUUCCUCUGCUCGUUCUGUACAUUGCUCUUGUAAAUGCUGAUGAUCUGUGAAGACCUGCAGAUGCAGCGUGGUAAAAAUGCAGGAAAAGUUUGAAGAGUUACACAUAUAGUUCACUCUGUACACUGAGUUUUACGGUGGGUGACACAAAGGUAGCAUUUUGUCUGGCAUAAGGAAACUUUAUACUAGGAAACUUUCAACCCACCAACAGAUCAGCAUCCGAGUUGAGCUUGCUUCAUCUGCUGGGUGUCUUGCAGACUCCUGAAGAGAGAUUCAUUGGGGAAGUACAUACAGUGCCAAAAUCAACAGCAGCAGCAUCGUACAGCUUUGUUCAAGGACUUUAAAUGCUUUCCUGUUUUGGCAGCCAGUUUAUAAACCUGACUUUGUGGUGAAGUCUCAUAUUUAUAGAAAACAAGGAUAGCAAUAUUUAGGACAACUGAAAUAAAGGCUGGAAAAGAGAAAUCAAACAGACUUGAACACUGAAGCAACCUCAAGCAUCUCUUGUAUUUUGAUGAUCUAUUUUUUUAAGGAAAAUACUCACAUGAUCGGGGAUGUAUGUAACUGAGAUCAAGAAAAUGGAAUUCCAGUACAAUAUGCAUGAAAGACGGCACACAAAGAAUUAUGUAGCAGCAGCACUUAGUGUGAGGCUGGAGGGAGUGCUAACAAUGUAGCAAAAGAUACAGUAGACUGUCACCCACUGUAAACAUCUGCCAGUGGACACUUUUAUUAGGAGUUUUACAAGUGAUCUAUGUGAAUGCACAGAGGCCUUUGUUUUGAAGGCUUUGCAUUUUUUUAUGUGGGAAGAAAAUGUCAAUCCCAGGUAAUUAGGCAGUAGACCCAAAGCACUUGCAUUCAAUGCAUUUUGUUUAUAAAAUGAGGCCUUGUUUUUCAGCUUCAUCUGCAGUUCUAUGUGAAGAUUGACAAAUCAGUUUUUACCUGUUUAUUAAUAAAACCUAAUUUGGAUAUCUUGAGUUGAUGGUUUUGUGAUUUAGCUGGGUAAACUGCCUUUGUAACAGAUAAGUUAUUUAUAAAAAUUAAAAAAAAAUUAUAUUCUAA